UAACAUUGUCACCCUUGCAAUAAAAUAUAUACCGAGAAAAAAAAGUUUUACCCACGUUAAUUUCCGCAAGAAACUUCGUCCGCAAUGCGGACUAUCUUAGAUUCUGUGUAAAAAUCUGAAAAAAAAAAAUUAAUCGAUCGUUUUCGAAUUGUUUGAAGUUGAUUCGGGGGAUGGUCUGGCAAAAAUACAUCGACACCGUUAACAACUACCACCCUAAUUUACACACAUCAUCCGUAACUCAAUAUUCACCUGACGCAACGUGCGUAGAGCAAUAAUACAAAUCUCUGCGGUUUCGUAAGAAAUGCCAAAGUUCGAUCGUCGUCGUUGCUGAUCAACAGAAUAUCUCACACAUCGUCGAUCGAGUAACGAAACGAACGACCGGUUGAAUGAGGCAACCUGCGAACGGCGAGAGGGUUGAUGGGUGGGGGGGCAAGUCUUGAAUUUUGGCGAGUUAGCAGUACAGCAGCGACCAGCGAGCGGAAGAUUCGGCGAUCAGUCUACGUCUGAUUACGGACAUUGAACCACGCGUCGUACGUUCGCCACCUGUCGAGUCACUGACGUUUUCGAUCGGGAUCGUUGGACAAAGACGAUCCCAGCCGCGAUCGCGAAACUCGAGCUUUCGACGUUGUUAAUUUCUAGUGCCUGCAAGCUCCCGAGUGUCGUGAUCACCGUUUGUCGACGAGAAACGAAAAAAAAACAAAAAAAAAAAAACGAGGAUACAAUUUCAAGACAACGGACGGAAACGUGCGCCGUUUUCGACACGUUUUUCGUAGCGAAGCGAGUUUUUUGAUCGGUGACCCGUGAGAGAUGAUCGCGGCUUCACGAGUGUAUAGAUAGACACGUCGAUUUUCCACGCGUCGAAGUAAAAGGUGGAGGGGGGAGGACGGGGAGGCAAAGUGAUAGCAGCGACAAGACGCCGUUCAUUACCGACUCGAUUUGUCCUCGAUACGAUAUCUCUCUCUCUCUCUCUCUCUCUCUCUCUCUUUCUCUCUCGUUCCUCAUUUAAUAACGACACCUGUUGCCCAUCUCGCCUCUCAACUUGCAAUUAACCUCACAAUUUAGCGAGUUUUCGAAGGUUUUCGCGGUGAUGAAAAAAAAUUCAAAUAUCAUUACCGAGAUGAAGGAAUUUUUUGGGGGGACGGUUAUUCAACGUCGGUGAAUGUGGUGUCAAAAGUUGACGCCACCGAAAAUCGUGGUAUGUAAAAAUUCAUACCGAAACGUUUAUUAAGACAUGAAAUUUUUGUACACAUCGGUUUUGAAUAGGCGACGAGUUGCCGUUUUGUUUUCUUUUUCACUCCUCCGAGACGUUUGCAAAGAUAUAACGGAAGUUAUUUCAUCCGCGUUAUACGUUGCAGGCGUGAUUAUCGAUCAAGCAUCGCGUUACAUAACCUCGUCUGUACACAUAUAAAUUACAAAAGGUCAAUAUUUCGGUAUUGUAUAGGUUGGUACAGGUAUGAUCGUCGAUCGAGACUGAAUUGAUUAUCGCAAGUUUGAACAUUUGAAACCUAAUAGAGAUACGUUAUAUCUCGACAUUGAUUAGGUAAGGAAUACGUUGUCGGAAAGUGAAAAUAUUAUUUAUUAUUAUCGUUAUUAUUAUAUACACGUGAAAUAAAAAAAUUAAAAGUGACCCGAUCGGAUCUGUAAUAUAAAUAAAUAACGCGAGUGACCUAAAAUCGAGAAAAUAGAAUUAAAAAAAAAAAAAAAAGAAAACAGCAACGACAAAUGAAUAAACAAACAUAAGUACGACGAAUAAGAGUGGAAGGGAUAAGGAAUUAGUGCAAGUGAUCGGUGAGCCAGUGAAGUUUUGUGAGUUUCUUGGGUAUUUCUGUUUUCACGAAGAGUCGGAAUAAUGACGCUGCGGAAGGACGGGAAGAAGAGUUCGACGAGGGGAAGGGGGGCAGGCCGGAAGUCACCGAAGGAGGGUGACGAGGGUGAAGAGGGGGGCAAGGAAGACGAGAAAACGCUUCACGGAAACUGCAACGACAACUUCGCCAAGAGCAAGGCAUACAAGGGGGGCAAGGAUACGGGGGUGAACGUAAAAACCACCAAGGAUACAACUCAGGGGAUGAAGAAAACAGGUGGUGGAAAGUCGAAACCGGAGAGCGGUAAGCUUGAACGGAAACCGUCGCUUCGUCGAAAGUUUGGCGCGCUGAUAAGAGGGAGCGCCGAUUUACCGGCUGCGAUAAAUCGCGGACUGGCGCCGAUUCGGCGGAGCUUCAGCUUUAGCAAGGAGUUGAACCACCUCCACGAGUCACCCUCUCCUUACAGGACUCGUGGGGCGCACUGGUACAACAGCCUCGUUUCCCUCACCGAGGAUCAGAUAAUCGACGAUCGGAAGCAGAGCGAAGAGGAGGAGGAGGAGGAGGAGAUAGAGGAGGAUCAAGACGCCGUAGAUCAUCGGGCGUCGUUCGCGCAGCCAAUCGCCUCGAAUUCUCCCGAAUAUCCUCAUUUCGAGGACGAAUUUGGCGGAAGAAUUCUUGCCAGGGCUCAAAGUCUCAUUGAAAAACAUCCUGCGACUUUCGGCCCCAGAAAAAGGACAUCGACCCGCAAGGAACAGACCCUUCCACCCUUCGGACGUCAUAGCGACUACUAUGACUCGAGAAUAGACCUCACUCGGCCCCCUUUCGAGGCCUCAAGUCUGCCGGCUCUUACAGCCCCCGAAAACCUCGAGGAGGAUGAAUCGUCGACAACGAAUGUUCGAAGAAGAGAACCGCAGAUCGAGGACGGAUGGGGACACUUGAGGAGCGGCGUUCGUUACAGUUCCAACGCCUCCUUCCUGCAUCCUGGUCCUGAAAGUUCGCGGAGUCCUGCGAGCUACUCGGUGCGAUCGCGUUCCUUGACCCAGCUCGACGCCCUGGGUACCAGCAUGCUGGACGCCGGUGAACAUCGGCUGGGCGGCAGCCCCACGACGACUUCGCAACACCAACAAUCUCAUCAGCAUCCCCACAGCACCGGGGACUGUAGCCCACGUCUCCUGGUGCCAAACGCUUCCCUCGGCGAGCCGGUCAGCACCAACAAGACAAGACACAAGCUCUCCAGGUCGCAGGUAUCGAGCAGCGAGUACUUCAGCGUGUGCUUUGAGGCCGGAGACGAAACGACGUUCGAUCGAGAGGAAUUCCUGCCCGCCACGAAGGGAACAACUUUGGCGGAGGCUCUGAGCGGGGCCUGUGAACGUCGAGGCAUUGACUUGGGGCGCGUCGACGUUUUCUUGGACUCCCUCAACACUCCUCUGCCAGUUCUUACCACUGAGAGUUCCUGCAUGGGUGGAAGGCAUCUUCGCAUCACCGCCAGAGACGAUAGAACGAGCACGAGACCGGCGACUCAAAAGAGCAAUCAGAACGUGUCAUUACGCAAGGCGAGUGGGCAGAGCUCCCGGGGCCGCAACAGUCGAUUCUUCAGCGUGUCUACGGAGGACUCGAGCGUUGACUCGGAGAAUCCAGCCGUCGUCGGUUCCACACCCAGCGGAAAAUCGUCCUCGGGGGCGGCGGGUCUCAAGGCCAGCAAGCAGCGGUGGAGUGGCUUCUUCACGAACACGAAGGGCACCAAGAUGGAGUCGCUCGUUGAACAACUCAACGAGUACACCAAGCACGGGGUGCCACGACUCACCGACAUUCAGCUACCCUACGUCGGCGAACGCGACGCUGACGAAGAGGGUCUUUACGCCCUGGAGGAGGAUUGGCGCGACAUAGUGGAGGCCUCGGACCGACUGUCAGAAAAGCAACAGCAGCAGCAAACCGCACUUUGGGAGUUGGCGCAGACAGAGGUCGCCUACAUCAGGACGCUGAAGGUGGUGACCGACCUCUUCAUGGCCUGCCUAUGCAGCCUACAGGCCUGCGGUAUCCUGAUGGAAGUCGACAGGACGAAGCUCUUUGGUAACAUUCCAGAUAUCUAUGCCGCGAACCGAUUUUUCUGGUGCGAACAUCUUCUGGCCAUGGUCAACGCGGCCAGAGUCACAAGGCUGCCUCUCGACCCCGGCGACCUUCUUCACGGCUUUGAGACCUUUGAACAGACCUUUGCACCCUACUCGAGAUACUGCGCCGAGCAGAGCAGGUGCCAACAGUACUGCAGGGACCGUUUGAACGACAACGAAUUAUUUACGGCAUAUCUCGUGUGGUGCGAAACGCAAAAAGACUGCAAUCGAUUGAGGUUGCUGGACAUUCUAGUGAAGCCGAUGCAAAGGCUGACCAAAUAUUCUCUAUUGCUGAAGGCCGUCCACAAGAAUACAGAGCACGAGGAACAGCGGUCUGAACUUACGAUGAUGAUUAAAUCCGUAGACAAAUUCGUUGCUUCGGUAAACGCUGCUCUCAGACGAAGCGAGGAGACCGCUCGUCUGGCGAGCGCCGCUGCUCGUCUUGAAACUUACGAAGUCGUUGAGUCUCGAGACGAGGAGCUUGACAGAUUAGUCAAAGCUCACAGCAACCUCGACAUCAUGACUACGCCGAUGCCUGGGUGCCCGAAGGAUGCACCGAGGACCCUUCUCAGAGAAGGGGAAUUCAAAUUACGGGACGGUGCCACGAGCAAGAUGGAGGUGCGAGUCCUUUUGCUUACUGACAUGCUGCUUGUAUGCAAACCCUCAACGAAAAAGACCUCGUCAAGCAGCGGGUCUGGAGGAGGCGCGGCUGGUGGUCUCAGGAUAGUCCGCCAGCCCUACGUCGUAGACCGCAUCCGCGUAAACGAGCUCAAGGAACCAUCCAGUCUGGGUCUGGUUUACCUUAACGACUACGGCGCAGCAUGUGCCGCACUUAUACUCAGCGCUGGGGAGCCGAAAUUGGCCAAGUCCUGGGUCGAAUCUCUUCGCAAGGCGCAACAGCAGUUUGCGCGAAUGAAAUUGCCCCCCGUGGUUGGUGCGGCAACAGUGCCGAUCCUCCCUGUCAGCAGGCAAGCCAGCACCUACCUCGGAGACGGGGACUUUGACGUGGAAGAUGCUGAAGGUGUGUUGGGUCGGACUCCUCGCGGAAGCAGCCGGGCCUCACGGGUCAGCAGUCUGGCCCACAGCCACAGCGGAAGCAUGGAGAUGGAGGGCGUUUCUCCCGGCAGCAACAGCUUCGUCGCCAGCUACAAUCCCAGCAGGAAUGUCAGCGUCGAGACGAACGAACCUCCCCGUGCCUCCAGUGUGUCCUCGGAAGAGGGCGGCAGUGAACUUGCAGCUGCCGGGCACAAUCUCAGGCCUCUGCAAGUCAGGCGCUCGCUCCUCUGCAAAUCUCCGACGCCAAACACCCUCAGCGUCCAAGUACCGGCGUACUCGGGUCUAGGUCAGUCUUUGCCGAAUCUGACCCUUGCAACGUCACCACAAACGUCAACCGUCUCGCCAACACCGCCUAACUCUCUCCUGAUCGUUCCUCAGAUCACCAAGAGCAAGGAUACUCUCCUGUCUCCUGGACACAGAGGAAUAUCGUACCCGCCUCCUUCACCACCGCGGGGCGCCCUGCGUAGGGCGUUCGCGGUACCGCAAUCCCGGAACCCACCCUUGAUCAAGACUCGGCAUGUGAACGCCUCGGUCGUCGCCCAACCGGUGCAAACAACCGUGAGUCUUGACGCCGAUGCCGCCGAGGAGAGACGGCGGAGACUCGAACCAUCUCAGAGAAUUACAUCAGCCACCAGCAUCACCGAGGAAAAGAAAUGACCGGCGUAAGGUGAAUGAUUAAUUGUGAACAUUGAUCACCGCGAAGUGAUCCUUGGAGGGGCAAACCGUUGUCGUCCGGGUUUACGACGCCCGGGCUUAGCGGCGGACGGAUACCUGUGGAUCCCGGCUCGUCGAUGUUUCUGCACUGAAGUUGAAGAUCGAAAGAUUGAAAUGUUUUUCACGCAUCCGCUAGUGUGCGAGUGCUGCACACAUUCGCACACGGCGAAGGCGUUUCGACUUAAUAAUCAACUGUUCAAAUUCUCUCACUGUAUUACCAAGCCUAAGAAUUAACGCAUCAAGCAAUUCCGAAAUCGGUAAGAAUUAGCAUAAACUUAAUCCCGAUGCAUGCAGGUGAUCAAACGCUGGAACCUUGCAUUUCGCAUCUAUUAACAUACCGAUGUAAUUCUUUUGCAGAUUGGGGCCAUUCGAAAACAACGUGAAAUUUAUAAUAAUAAAUUAUAGAAAUUAUAUAAUAUAAUAAAAUAAUAUACAACAUAUUAUAUAUAUUAUAUAACAUAAUUAUAAAUUUAGUGUAAUAAUAUAUCACAUAAAUCUUCUAAUUAGCAUACUGUACUAUAGAAGAAACGUAGUUUUAUAACGUUGCAUCGGUUGAAAAAAAAACCAAACUUGACUCAUGCAAUUAAGCUGUAUCUUAAGCAAAAUCAAAAAGGCCUACGUAGUGUUAUUAAAACUCUAAAUAAAUAGUCAUUAGUAUAUAGAUACUAUAUAUUGCCUAUAGCGGAAGUGUGAUCACUAGAGAAAGAGAGACAGAUAUUUACAACUGUUAGCUAUUUAUUAUUCAACGGGCAAUCGCCGCACGACACCCUCAAUCAUUCCAUGCAACGUCUUAACACACGCUAUCCAGUGAGUUUCGUGAGAAAUUUUUCUCUCCCUGUAUCGAAUAAAGUAAUGGAGAACAAAUGUUUCGCAUUACUUAAACUCAUCCCGAUCAUCCGAGUCAUUUUCAAUCUUUUCCAGAAGUAUUUUCAUCGGUAUUAACCGUCAUAAGCAAAAUGAUAUUUACUCGAAAUAGUAAUCUGCGAUCUACUUAGUUUAUAUUUAGAACGAGAAUUGGUCGCAACGAAAUACCCGUUAUUCGCAUGUGAGGACGAUCUAAAAUUGAACCGGCUUAAAUAACUCUGUCCAAAUAAUAUUAUUAUACUUUAAGUACAAAUCCGACGGUAUAUAUAAUUGAAGAUUAAAUAUGUACUGUCCACUUAUAUGGGGAAAAAAGACGACGUGGUGUAGUUGUAAUGAUUUAUAAAUUAUUAUUAUAAAUACCCAAAUAACGUAGUUAACUUAUUAUUUCUAUAAAUUAUAAGUAUAAUCGUUUAAGGAUACGUAUCAUAACUAGAGACAACAUUCCAAAAUAGGGAGGGGACCUCGUUUCCAAUGGUUAACAAUGGUAUUGUAAAUAAUCUAUUCUAUUUCAUUUACAACCAUUAAUUGUACUGCGACAUUCGCACUUGGUUUAUAGUCAUCUUAAUGCAGUACGUAUUGUCUAUCAUUACACAUACAUAUAAUAUAUCAGCUAUUAUUAAGGCUGCCACGGAGGAGCCGAUUGUAAAAGCCAGCUGCGUUUCUGUGUAACGAGACAAGAAUAUAUCAAAUAAUUUAUUA